CGUGGGAAAAACAGUAUGCGCGCAUGUGCAGAAGUCUCCUGCAUGUUUCCCUUUGCUGGUGCUGCGUUAGAAAUGUGAAUUAUAUGCCUCCGUUUUUACUUUUCCUUUUCUAACUGGAGUCAGCUGCGCCGUUGCCAUGAAAACAAGGUUCACCACCGUGGAUAUCAGGGCAGUUAUUGCCGAGAUCAAUGCCAACUACAUUGGCAUGAGAGUCAACAACGUGUAUGACAUCGACAAUAAGACGUAUCUCAUCCGGCUACAGAAGCCUGACAGCAAAGCGGUCCUCCUGGUUGAGUCUGGGACUCGUAUUCAUUCCACAGACUUCGAAUGGCCCAAGAACAUGAUGCCUUCGGGCUUUGCAAUGAAAUGUCGAAAACACCUCAAGAGUCGGCGGUUGACCCAGGUUAAGCAGCUCGGGAUUGACAGGAUUGUUGACAUCCAGUUUGGCUCAGACGAGGCUGCCUACCACUUGAUUAUUGAACUGUACGACAGGGGUAACAUCAUUCUUGCAGACCAUGAGUACACCAUCCUGAAUCUCCUGCGGUUUCGUACAGCAGAGGCAGAGGAUGUUAAGAUCGCUGUGAGAGAGCGGUACCACGUGGAGAGCGCCCGACCUCCUGAACCUCUCAUGAGUUUAGAGCGACUCACUGAAAUCAUCAGCAAAGCACAAAACGGGGAUCAAGUGAAAAGGGUCCUGAAUCCUCACCUCCCCUAUGGAGCCACUCUGAUAGAACACAGUUUGAUAGAGGCAGGACUGUCUGGCUCUGUCAAAGUUGACUGCCAAGUUGAUGCUGCCCAAGUUGCUCCUAAAAUCCUGGAAGCCCUGCAGAUUGCAGAAACAUAUAUGGAAAAGACAGAGAACUUCAGUGGCAAAGGCUACAUCAUUCAAAAGAGUGAGAAGAAACCAAGCUUAACUCCUGGCAAACCCAGCGAAGAACUGCUCACAUAUGAUGAGUUCCACCCAUUCCUCUUUGCCCAGCAUGUAAAGAGCCCCUAUUUGGAAUUUGACACUUUUGACAAGGCAGUGGAUGAGUUCUUUUCUAAGAUGGAAAGUCAGAAGAUUGACAUGAAGGCCUUACAGCAGGAGAAACAGGCUAUGAAGAAGUUGGAAAAUGUUAAGAGGGACCACGAGCAGAGACUGGAAGCCUUGCACCAAGCACAGGAGGUGGACCGAAUAAAGGGUGAACUGGUGGAGAUGAACCUGUCGGUGGUAGAGAGGGCACUGCAGGUAGUGCGCAGUGCACUGGCCAAUCAGGUGGACUGGACUGAGAUUGGCAUUAUCGUCAAAGACGCACAAGCUGCUGGGGAUCCUGUGGCCUGCGCCAUCAAGGAACUGAAGCUGCAGACCAACCACAUCACCAUGCUUUUAAAGAAUCCAUAUAUUUCUGAAGAAGACCAGGAAGAGGAAGAGAAAAAAGAUGUGGUUGAGGAGAAAGGGAAAAAAAACAAAAAUAAAGACAAAGGACAGAACAAGAAGUUGCAAAGGAACAAGCCCAUGUUAGUGGAUGUGGAUCUUGGCCUGUCGGCUUAUGCCAAUGCCAAAAAGUACUACGACUUCAAACGCAGUGCUGAGAAGAAGGAACAUAAAACCAUUGAAGCAGCAGAUAAGGCUAUGAAAUCUGCAGAGAAAAAAACACAGAAAACACUAAAAGAGGUUCAGACUGUGGUCACAAUUCAGAAGGCCAGGAAGGUCUACUGGUUUGAGAAGUUCUUAUGGUUCAUCAGCUCAGAGAAUUAUCUCGUCAUUGCAGGAAGGGAUCAGCAGCAGAACGAGAUGAUCGUCAAACGCUACCUCCGUGCAGGUGAUAUCUAUGUCCAUGCUGAUCUUCACGGAGCCACGAGCUGUGUCAUCAAAAACCCCUCAGGUGACCCCAUCUCUCCUCGUACCCUGACGGAAGCGGGCACUAUGUCUGUGUGCUACAGCGCUGCUUGGGAUGCCAAGAUCAUCACCAGCGCUUGGUGGGUUCAUCAUCAUCAGGUAUCUAAGACAGCUCCCACCGGAGAGUACCUGACCACUGGAAGUUUCAUGAUUAGAGGAAAGAAAAACUUUCUGCCACCUUCUUACUUGAUCAUGGGCUUUGGAUUCCUCUUCAAGGUGGAUGAGCAGAGCGUGCAUCUGCACCGAGGGGAGAGAAAGGUGAAGACCGUAGAGGAAGACAUGGAAGAAGUCACGUCCAGAACUGCUGAGCUGCUGGAGGAGGGAGAAGAGCUGAUAGGUGAUGACAGCAGUAAUGAAGACCAGAGUGAGGAAAGAGCGGGAGGAGAUGGAGAGAUGGAAAAGAAGAUUAAAAAGGUGGCCAAGGAGGGUGAUGGUGCGAGUGGAGAACUGGCCGCUGUUCCUGAGGAGGACAACAUGGAGGCCGAGGAAGAGGAGGGGAGAGAGGAAGACAGCGAGGAGGAAGAGGGGAUGAAGAAUGAAGAGAGUGAAGAGUUCAGCUUUCCGGAUACGACCAUCUCCCUCUCUCAUUUACAGCCCAGCAGGAGUGCUCAAAACCCUGGUUUCAAAAAGGAAGUGACCACUCAGGUUGAAGUAGACUCACAGGCAAAGAAACACAUGACUGCCAAGCAGAGAAGAGAAGAGAAGAAGAAGAAGCAGAAACAGGAAGGGUGUGACACUGAGGAGAAGACGGAGAUUUCAUCCAGUGGAUCGAUGGUCGAUCAGGGGUCCAAAGGUGGAGGAGGCUCCUCCCAGCAGCCACUGAAGAGAGGUCAAAAGAACAAGUUAAAAAAGAUAAAAGAGAAGUACAAAGACCAGGAUGAAGAGGACAGGGAGCUGAUGAUGCAGCUGCUCGGGUCAGCUGGUUCCACCAAAGAAGAGAAGGAUAAAGGGAAGAAAGGAAAGAAGGGCAAGGGGAAAGACGAGCCCAUCAGGAAACCAGUCUCUCAGAAACCACCCCAGAAACCUCGUAAUGUGGAGACUGCCGCAAAGAAACCAGAGCAGACAGAAGGAGGAGGAGGAGGAGGAAGAGAGGAUACUGAGGAGAGACAGCCUGGAGAGGAGGGAGGUCCUGCUGAACCGGAGGAAAAGGAAGAUGAUGUGGACCAGGACAACCCCGGAGCAGAGGAAGCACAGAAUCUGCUCACCUCCCUGACAGGCCAGCCUCAUCCUGAAGAUGUGCUGUUGUUUGCUGUGCCAGUCUGUGCUCCAUACACCGCCCUCUCCAACUACAAACACAAGGUGAAGUUGACACCAGGUGCUCAGAAAAAAGGAAAAGCUGCACGGACUGCAGUUUUCAGCUUUAUGAAAGCCAAAGAAGCGUCAACCAGAGAAAAAGACCUGUUCCGCAGUGUCAAGGAUACCGAUCUAUCCAGAAACAUACCAGGCAAAGUUAAAGUGUCAGCUCCAAACCUGCUGGCUGCCAAGAAGAAAUGAGACACAAGUGACAAAAAGUGUUUACAGUAUUCAACGCAGAACUGCCAACUUCAUCCACAUUUCAAACAGCUACAGGAUCUGAUCAACAGUGUUUGGAUAUGAAUAAUUUUAUUCUGAAGAUUGAUUGUAUUUGUUGACCAACAAUUUGUUUGAAAUGAAAAUAUGUAAAUUAACAAAGCUGAACAGAACACAUCUUAUGGUAUGUGUUUAUUCUUUGAGUACAAAUUAACAGUAUGCAUUGUAUUCUACAAUAAAAAACACCAAGGGAACAUUGUGCAAA